CCAUGAAUGCAGUCAAGAAAAGGUUCUCUUCUGGCCUGAGCACGUCCAAAUCAACCUCCCCCAAGCUCCCCAUAUCUCCUACCAACCCGGAUAGUAUGGAUGGCCUCUCCCCCGAACUUAUCCCCAUAGUCACUCUCUUAUCGUCUCAAUCCCACCGUCGAUACCAGGAAGGUAUCUUCAUGUUGUACUACGACUUGAACGGGGACGGGAAACCCGCUGAUCGUGAAUGGAAAGAAGUAUAUGGGAUAUUAACAGGUAAUCAAUUGGCCUAUUGGGAUGCUGCCUUUCUCAACCAGUUCAAGAACAACCCCGACGCCUUGUUCCAAACCAGUACCAAACCGGCAUACUUGAACUUCACCGACUCCGUGUACAAUGCCAUGAAAUCUUUACCUGCUGCUAAACAGAACUUGGAUAAUGUCAUUAUCGUGUCGACAACCUUAAAGAAUAGAUAUAUUUUACAGUUUAAGUCGUACAAGGAUUUAAGUGUGUGGUAUUCAGCAUUACGAUUGUCCAAUUAUGAAUAUUCAUCCUUGCAAGAAGCAUACACUGGAGCAUUACUUUCCGCUCGUGGUUCCAGAUUAUCUGAUAUCAGGACAGUGUUGGCUGAGAAACGUUUCGACCAUGAAGAUUGGGUCAGUAUAAGAUAUGGCAGUGGUAUGGCCUGGAAAAGGUGCUUUGCUGUGGUUGAGCCAUCGCAAACAAAACGAAAGUCUUUCACUCCGGGACGAAUCCUCUUUUUUGAAAACGACCAAAAGAAGAAGAAACUGUUGAUGGCAGUGGUCACUAACUGUACCUCGGUCACAGCAAUCUACCCGGAAUCCCCCGCCCUCAUUGACCAUUCAACCAUGUUAAAAUUGGAAGGGUACAUAAACUUUAGCAGUCCAAGUUUAUCCACGAAAGUGUCCAAGAAAGAAGCCGGUGAUUUCAAACACACGUCAAUCUUUCUUAUGCCGGAACAACACUCGUCGGUUCCUGGAUUUGACACCUUGAUCAGGUUCUUGAUCCCAUUGUUUGACUCGUUUGGAUUGUAUGGAAGACCCAAGAAGUUAAAAGCCAAUAGAACCGACCCGGAAUCGUUAUUAUUUGGAUUGCCUACGUUGCCAAGAGUGCAUUAUUUAGAACUAGAAGACAUUUCCCAACUCACCAACUCUGAUUUCUUAUCGUGGGAUAACAAGGGAUGGACAAACCGAAUCAAGCAAAUUAUGAAGUCAAAGUUGGAUCGCGGGUAUGAAGGAUGUGGAAGUAGACGUGGCUACUCGGGUGCAUUAAACUCAUUGAAUUCUCCACUUUCCUCACCAAGAGUCAUGUCCAGUCCUAAGAUGACUCCUAAGUCCCAGUUCUCCAGAGUUUCUCCUCCUCCGGGCUCCAAUUUGCGUCAAGAGCUGUCCCUGACACCACCACCGCCACCAUCAGGACCAAUGCCGGUUGCCGCUGGUCGUGGACUCGAUAAGAAUGUCAAAGACUUGUCUAUUGGUGGACCUGCCCAGAUUCCUCGCUUGCAUAUUGAUGAUAAACACGGUUCGGUACAAUUGGCCGAUAUUUAUCAAAAGUACCAUGAGAUGCAUUUACCAGACCAUGUAGUCAAUGACAGAAAGAACUUACUUAAUGGAGGAACUGUAGAAUUAAUUGAAGAAGAACUCCCUGCUGGAUUUAGACAAUUGGAUCUUAACAAGAACGUGUACCCAGCCAACGAUAAUGAACUCUUUAGUGAAGAAGAAGAAGAAGAAGACGAUGAUGAUGAUGAUAAAAUUGACGUUUCCAGAAUCGGUAUGUCGUCCAAGGAAACUGUGUCUUCUGAUCCAAUUGUUGCUCCUGCUCGUUUAUCCGUACCGCAAAAUUAUGAUCUUAGAAGUGCUAGUAACUCAUCAGUGAUUUCCCCCAUGGCCCAAUUCGACGAUCUUAAAGAACAGUACAAACAGGUUGAAAGAGCACCAUAUCUUGUUGACAGUCCAGAACCUUCACCUUCUCCGCCACCAGUUCCACCGCACACUGCCAAACUCUCUCAUUUGUCAGAAACAAUCAGCAAUGUAAAUCAAGGAACUACAACUACCGAACAGACAUCUAUUCAUUCACAUGCUGGGAGAGUAAGCCAAAUAUCAUCCAGCGAAUCUCAAGAGUCAUUCACUAAGGAAGAGGAAGUUCUCAAUCCAUACCCUGUUGUCCCACCAGCCCAAUACAAGCCAAGACACAUUUCAUCACCAAACACAUCUCAGAACCAAUCUCCUCGUUUCUCCCCGGAAUUGAAACAUGCCGAUCCCGUCUAUCCUGUUUCUCCACCAUUGGACGAUAUUGUUCUUCCUAGCUUACCUGACCAGGCUUCUCCUCAACGUAUACAAACAUCACCACAACACUCGAUGCCAAAACAACGUGCAGCAUACCCUACUACAUCACCACAGCAGACAUACCCUGUAACGUCACCUCAACAAAGAGGUCCACUUCCUCCACAACAACAAGUCCGUCAACAAAUCCCUGCAGGUUUCCAACCUGCACAACCUGCCUAUGGUAAACAACCAAGGAUGGCUACCCCUCCUCAAAACUAUCCUCCGCCACAACAUAAACGUCAACCACCACCUCCACAACAACAAUAUCAGAACCCACAUCAAUAUUUGCAAGACGUGCUUUCACAACCAGGACCUAGUCAACAAAGACCACCUCCACAAAAUUACCCACAGCAGCGUCUGCAACAAAGUAUUCCUCAACAACGUCCACCACCUCAAAAUUACCCACCUCAACAAAGACAACCACCACCACAACAACAGCAGCAGCAGCAGCAACAACAACAUCACCAUCAUCAUCAAAGCUUGAAUGCUCCACCACCGCAACAACGUCAACCAUCUCGGGAAUACCCACCGGUGUCAACGAGAGGAUUCCCACCUAGAAGCAAUGACACACUGCCGGCCUCUCCAGCUGAUCUUCGUGGAUAUGGACUUCCCACACAACAGCAGUAUAGUUAUCAACCACAAGUGCAGCCGCAACCUCAUCAUGCCCAUAGAAAACCUCCACCUAACAUCCCUCGUGAUCUGUAUGACGAUCCCUACGGAAGCACUGCAAGACGUUACUAGACAAUUGAAGCGCAAACCAUUACUAGGUAUCAGUGCAGAAGCUGUGUGUAUUUGUAUAUAUGUAUAUUUAUGUAUAUUUAUGUAUAUUAGAGGUUAAAUUUUCU